UUCUCCCGCGAGUUUCAGUUGCCGAAAUCAUAGUUCAACCUCUUGUCUCCUCCUCCUUAGCCUUCUCUCUCUCACUCUCUCUCACAUUCCCUUAAAUCAUUUUUAUCUUUUUCUUUUUCAUCUGCAAUUGUUUUCCCAUUUCUAGUUUUAUCUUUACAUCAAUAUACCAUGCCUACUGUUCAUCCCCUCAUUCGGAUUUCCAAUUUUUAGGUCUUGUUUCCAUUUGUUUUCUGCAUAUUUGUAGACUAAUCCCACCAUGCAAAAUGGGGUUUUGAUCCCUCCGUUAAAAUCCUCAAAUAGGAUAGGCUCAUGCAUACUCCUCAUUCCCUCAGCCAUGGGCUGAUUUUCAGUUUUCUUCGGUUUUUGCUUCGUAUUUGUAACCCCUUGUUUGUUGUAAAUACAGGGAUAUUGUUGAAUGGUAGUUGUCAAUUUGAGCAUUUCUUAGGGCUGUCACUUCAAUGUUGUCGUUCGCUGUUUGCCAUCUGUGUAUAGAUUGGCGAAGACAUAACUAAUAUUAGGAAAGAUUUUGAGGAAUUUGAACUGAAUAUUUGGGUAAUGGGCUAUUUCCUUUGAUAUUCAAUGAAUGCACAAGUGGGAAAUUAUAUCAUAAGCAAUGACUGGAUAAAUGUGAUUUAGAGGAAUUUGAACCCUUUACAUUUGGGGGGUUUUAAAGAAUGAGUUUUGAUUGUAUAUGUAGGAUGGGAAGAGUGAAGUUGAAGAUACAGAGAUUGGAGAGCCUGAGCAGCCGGCAGGUUACCUAUGGCAAACGAAGGGCUGGAAUUUUGAAAAAGGCCCAGGAAAUUUCAGUGUUAUGUGACAUUGAUAUUAUCCUUCUUAUGUUUUCUCCAACGGGGAAACCAUCAAUAUUCCGUGGACAACGGAGCAACCUUGAUGAAAUGAUUGCAAAAUAUGCUCAACUUACGCCAAAAGAACGAGCAAAAAGGAGGUUGGAAAGUCUUGAAACUUUGAAGAGAAACUUUAAGAAGCUUGACCAGGAUGUGGAUAUAGAAGAGUUUCUUGAUACAAGCACUCCGUCCACUGAGGAAAUGCACAGCCGAGUAAAUAUGAUGCAAGCUCAACUUUCUGAAGUACGUAAAAGACUAAGCUGGUGGACUAAUCCAGACAAAAUUGAAGAUAUUGAACACCUUAAUCAGAUGGAAAACUCACUAAGGGAAUCGCUGAACAGGACUCACAUGCAUAAGCAGGAGAAGUUUUUAAAGGACCCACUUAUUUCAUUUGAUUGCACAAGCCAGUUCCAAAACGGCAUGCAUCUUCCCAUAGUAACGACCAGCGAUCAAGAUUGCCAAACCCAAUCAUGGCUUCCAGGUGGUGAGAGUCAACAUAUGAUUCUACCAAAUGAACCUCAUUUCUUGGCUAGUCGAGAUAUAGAUUGUUCUAGAGAUGCAUCUUUCCCGACCUGCUCUGGUUACUUUGGUGAUAUGAAGGAACAAGAUCUUGACAAUCCAAGACAAAUGAAAAACGAGAGACAAGGUGGUAUUAGCGUCGAAGACUAUGCCUGUUCUGCUCCCCUGAGACUGCCUCUGGUUGAGCAAUAUCCAUAUCAUUCAUUCGCAAAUUUAAGCUUUCCUGACCUGUUGGAGCCCGGACGGGAGACAAAUUUUCAACCGAGCACCAUGGAUUAUCAGAUAACUGGAAAUUUUGAACUUCCAAGAUCUGUUUACAACAGCUUGCCACAUAGUUUGGUUCCUACAGUUGGUUCAUGCGUCAUUUCUAUGCUUAACGGGCACUCUUAUCCACAGCCGCCAAAUUAGUCGAAUGACCAUGUAGACGAUUGAUUCUUACACGUCCUGCCUCAAUUGUGCUCCCAAAGUUCAGAAUAUGUGUAUGUAAACAUUACGAAAGAUGUGCUCAAGCUAGAGGCGAAUGGCUCAUUCAACCUCCUCAGCCUACCAAAGGGGUUCAAUAAGAAGUUGUCCGUAGCCACAUGCUUAGUUUGUCUACCAAUUUCCUUUCUUACAGCGGGGCUGACUCGAUGGCCGGAGCCCGGGUGAGAAAAUGGAUAGAAAACUCUGUAAAAAGAAAGAAACUUGUGUAACAAAAAUAUAAUUGUAUUGGCUAAAUGGAAUGUUGCUGUCAAUGAUCUAAAAUCAUAUCGUAUCAGUAAUUGGUACAGACGAAUCACUUUCAAUUA